UAUUUUAGGCAUGCUCUGGUAUUGAAGAUGUGGGUGAGGCUUUUAUGCAUUUGGAAGCAGCCAACUGGAACAUGUUGGAGGCUCUGCAGAUGGUGAUGCCUCAGGAGGCAACUCCUGCCAUACCUGCACCAUUACCACCUCUACAGUCUAUAUCACAGCCAGAAGUUAUAAGUGUAGAUUCAUCUCCUGAAUUGUUGAUACCACCUCCAAUUCCACCACUCCCAGCAGCUGUUGCCUCUACAUCAUCAGCAUUAUCUCAUUCCUCUUCCUCUAAUACUACCCCAGUCAUGGAUGUAAAUAUACAGGUUUUAUGUGAUGGGGCAUCAGAAGGAAGCUCUUUUCCACUAGAACUACCUAGCUCAACAUCCGUCAGUGAGCUCCGUACUAUGCUUCACCAGCUUGUUGGUAUUACUCCUUGUAACCAGAUCCUGGAGGGUUUUAAGAAGCCAGUUGAAGAUAGCACAGUCAUUACUCCUGCGCUCCUUCCUGAAUCCCGCACUCUUACCUUAAAUGCUCAAGCUGCAGUCACAUUUGAUAAAUUUUAUGAAAGAAUUAAUGGAGCACAUGAUGAUGACUACCUAUUACUAAUACAUGACGAAACUAAUAGUAAAGAUUAUAGCCUGAGGUUUCCAGGUAGUAAAAGAAUACGUGAAAUUAAGAAUGAUAUUCAUGACUUAACUAACAUAGCUGUGAGACAUCAACAGUGGACAGGUUGGCCUCCGAAUAUGGAUGAAGAAAAAGCUACUCUAACUUCAUCAGGAAUCUCAAAGCAACACCAUUUAACAGUGAGGAAGGUUUCCAAAGAUCGUACACCAAAAACUCAAAGAAAAGCAGCAAUGGAAGUUGGAGAUGAGAACAGUUCAGGUGAUGAAUUUGAGGAUGCGCCGGAGCUCCUUAACGAUGAUGAUGAUUUCUUGGAUAUGAUGGAUGUCCCUUCAGCAAAAAAAACACAAGCAUUAAACAUAGAUGAGGAGAUAAUGGGGGUCAUUCACUUCUCAGAGGAAUUUCGAAAUCGAUAUGGAAACUGCGUUCCUAUGUUUUUUCAAGGGUCACUUGAAGAAGCACUAAAAGAGUCUGUUCUACUCCCUGCAAAAAAUAGGAAAUUGUUAGCAGUUUAUUUACAUCAUGACGGUAGUGUCCUCUCCAAUGUUUUUUGCUCACAAGCACUCUGCCAGUUAUCAAUUGUAGAUUAUUUAUCAUCAAAUUUUGUUAUUUGGGGCUGGGAUCUUACACAUGAAACUAACAAAGCAAGGUUAUUGAAUCUUGUGUCAACACAUUUUGGCGCAAUGGCAGCAUCAACAGUUAGAAGUUUCAGUGUUGAUAAACUUCCUGCUCUUUUGGUCAUAACACGCACAAGAGGAAUGAUAGAAGUCUUAUCUGUUAUUCAUGGGAAUGGAGUACUAGAUGAAGUCAUGACAUCACUACUACAUGCUAUGGAAAUGUUUGAAGAACAGAGAGCCACUGAAGUUCAAGAGGAAGAAGCUAGAGAAGCAAGAGAGGCAGUAAAAGCAGAACAAGAUGCAGCAUACAUGGAAUCCCUGGCUGCUGAUAGAGCAAAGGCAGCAGCCAAAAAACAGGCAGAAAUGGCAGAAAAGCAGGAAAGGGAAAGAGUAGAGUCUCUGAAACAACAAGAAGAAGCAAUCAAAGAGGCUGUGAGAGCAUCGCUAGAAACUGAUAUCCCUGAUGAACCAAGUCCUGAUUGCUCAGAACCAGUUUCUACCCUAAGAUUUCGAAUUCCUGGCGGGGAAACGUUUACACGCAACUUUUUAGCCAAUACCAAUCUUCAGGUGCUGCUCAAUUUCCUUCAUGUUAAAGGAUAUCCUGCUGGUGAAUACAAGUGUCUUCAGUCUUGGCCACGCAGAGACAUAAGUUCGCUAGACACAUCCAAAACACUAAUGGAUUAUGCACUGUAUCCUCAAGAAACGCUGAAUUUAGAAGAACGAUGAGUAGGGAAAUUAGUCGGAUGGUGUGAACUAAGUGUUGUGGAAAUGCUGCUGACAGAGCAGUUGAUGUCACCAAAGCCACCUGUGAUCUGUUUUGGGGAGGGAGAUUAAAGGGGUUGAAUUAUUGGGUAGCCUCAAUCAUAUAAUGAUGAAGAAAGCCCAAUAUAAGUAUCCAUGUAUAAUUGCUUUAAAUUAAACAUUUUGAAUAAGACGUGGCUUUAUAUACUUACUAGCUAAUUACCGCUUAUUCAAAAAGCCUUUUACACCUUCAGAAUCCUUGUGCUAUUUUUGGAUAAUGCUGUGAAAUCCUAUCUUUUUCACCUGAUUAUUAUUAAUAUAGAAUAAAGUUCAUGAAAAUUUGUAAUCAUGUUUUGAAAAUUUUUUUACUGAGUGAUCAAGAUGUUCAGUUGUAAUACCUGGACAAGAAAAUACAGUAUAAAAGUGAUGUAUCUUAUGCACAUACCAGCAUGUUUUAAAUGCUGGUGUAAACAUUGCAUGGACCUUUUAUCUCCGGAAAUUGAGAGUAUAGUGAUUUAGAAUAAAUUGUAUGAAUUGA